AUGGCGCUGUCCUGCCUAGUGCUGGAGUAUUGGCGCUAUGAGACCCCAAAGAUUGUGUCUUUCGGCCAGAUGGUAACGCUCGCUUUCAAGGACCUGUGGUAUUCCGUUCCCAGCCCUUCUGAGUCCAAAGCCAGUAUCGACCUGCUGAAAGGCAUCAGUGGAUACGCGCUUCCAGGCACCAUCACGGCGCUUAUGGGGUCCUCGGGUGCAGGUAAAACCACGCUCAUGGACGUCAUCGCUGGACCCACCGAGAUUGCUGUCCGUCGAGCCACAGGUUACUGCGAGCAGAUGGAUAUUCAUUCAGAAGCGUCUACAUUCCGGGAGGCUUUGACGUUUAGUGCAUUUCUGCGUCAGGAUGCCGCUGUUCCCGACAGUGAAAAAUACGACUGCGUGAACGAGUGUCUUGAACUUUUGGACUUGUCCUCGAUCGCAGACCGAGUAAUCCGUGGAAGCUCGACAGAGCAGAUGAAGCGACUUACGAUUGGCGUGGAGUUGGCAGCGCAACCUAGCGUGUUGUUUUUGGACGAGCCGACUAGCGGACUGGACGCACGUUCCGCCAAGCACAUAAUGGAUGCAACGUGGAUAUUGGAGGUGAUCGGUGCUGGCGUGGGAAAUGUCAGCAACGCAACGGAUUUCGUUAAGCUUUUUACAAUAAGUACCCAAGCUCGGCAACUUGAGAUUACUCUGGAUCGCGAAGGAUUCACCCGACCUGCAUCAUCUACACCUGCCUUGGCGUUUGACAAGAAGCGUGCAGCUAACAACUCGACCCAAGCGAAAUUCCUGAUCAAGCGUUUCUUCGAUAUCUACUGGAGAACGGCAUCGUAUAAUCUAACCCGAUUCUUCAUUUCGAUCAUGCUGGGAAUCGUAUUUGGCAUCGCCUACGUUGGCUCUGAGUAUUCAUCGUACCAGAACAUCAACUCAGGAUUGGGGAUGGUAUUCAUGACACAAAAUUACAUGACCUUUAUCGUCUUCAGCAGUGUCGUGCCCGUCUCGAUUCAAGAAAGAGCGUCCUUCUACCGCGAGCGUUCGGCACAAACGUACAAUGUUAUCUGGUACUUCAUUGGCGCCACACUUGUCGAAAUUCCGUACUGCUUUGUGGAGACGUUGCUGUUUGUCGCCAUCUAUUACCCCAUGGUGGGGUUUUCAGUCGCCUCCAUUUUGGUUAUCAUGAUCAACUACAUCUGGAUCACGUUCACAGGCUUCAACCCACCGACUGCUUCUAUCCCCCAAGGCUACCGAUGGUUGUACCAUUUGACCCCUCACAAAUACACGUACGCUAGUUUGGUUGCCAUUGUGUUCGGGGACUGCCCAAGUGGUAACAAUGGCAGCGAGCUGGGCUGCCAACAAAUGACAGGUACACCGCCAAAUCUCGGAAGUGACAUCACUGUAGCAUAUUUUCGGCAAGACACAUACUACUACUAG